AUGUCCGCCGAAACAGAUCCCUUCCUCGCCCUCGACGUUUCCAGCGACGACUAUGCAACCACAGCCGCGCACGACCAACAAGCAGGCGCCGACGCAACAGUCGCAGCCGUAGAAGCAGAAGACGACAGCGAUGCCGAAAGAGAAAAGGCAGGAGCUGCGCGUGCAGCCAGGACAAGAUAUACCGAGGACGACUUCCUAGCUCAGAAAGCGAGUUAUACAGCUAGGAUUGAUGAAGGGAGUAUCUGGAAACAACUUCUUACGUUUGAGCCGCCGUUUUGUCCGUCUCAGGAGUUUCUUGCUGCUGUCAACGCUGGAUCUGUGGAUACAACUAUUUCUGGUCUGGAGUCGCAAGCAACUUCUGCAGAGAAGACACAACUGGACAAGAAACACCAUCAAACCAUCCAAGCUGCUGUUUCCGAACUCUACUUUUUGGAAAAGUAUGCCGCGGUCAAGGAGAUCAUUAUUUGGGCUAAAGAGCACUUUGAGAAAGACAAGAAGUGGGAUGUGCAGGUCAAGAAAUGGGAGGAUAAGGUUGAGGCUAGGAUGCAAGCAGUGUGA